CCACAACAAAAUCCUGAAUUUCCUCAGCUGCCGGCAUCCGAAAAGAAUUGUGUUUCUGUUUUCUAAGGAUUUUCACUGUAUGUUAUUCACUUUAUUGAUGUAAAACGCGGUGUGUAAAUUGUAAUGUAAGCUUGACCAACGGGAGACAGAAUGGACGAGUCAAGUGGUUCGACCGAUGGCAACGAUAGCGAGGCGGACAUCUUCGAGGACAGCUCUUCCGCGGACUGGACUGGACACGAAGAGGAAACGGAAUAUACCGACGGAGAAUGGUCGGAAGAGAACGUGGCGUGGGCUAUCCAGCAAGUGAUGGCCUCGGAAGCUUCAAACUCACAGGACACUAACGCAACGGAAGAACUAACGCAGUCGGAUCCACCGGUCGCCAACGAUGUCACCAAUGAUGGCCACCAAGUCCGGGGGGAUGGUGAAGAAACGUACGAAGACAUCACCGUCGAGGUGGCUGCGAUGGAGGAAGUACAAACCGAACAAUCGACAGCAAGCAGCCAAUCAUCCACCGAAACUACUGACGGUGCUGCCAUUGCGUCGGAUCUGGCACGUAUUCAGCAAGAUGCAUUUCCUGGAACGAGCUCCAGCUCCAGCUCCAGCUCCGCCGCUGCCAACGGUGCGAAUAACGAGUCAGUACCACUUAAUGACGCCGAAGAAAGUAAUCAAGAGCCGCAGCUUGCGGCCAAUGGGGCAUCAGCUACGAGAGCUACGGAUAACGAGGUGCCGCCCCAGGGUACAGCGACUGAACCGACGACACACGUCUAUACGAUCACUUGGGUCGAUGCCAACACAGAACCACCCACCGUUUCAUCGCAACAGAAUAAACGCAGACGAACGGCUACACCACCGCCAACCGUGGAGUCGGAGGUCGUGGUCGAGGUACAUGACGAUGAAGAUGCGACGGUGUGUUCCAUUUGCCUGGACGAUUGGACAAUGUCGGGUGAUCAUCGUGUGGUGUCGUUAAAGUGUGGUCAUCUGUUCGGCAUGGCCUGUAUCAAACGUUGGCUGCAGAGCAACCCUGCUGCCCAGCGGAACUGUGCCACAUGCAAACGAAAAGCAACGAUGGGUGACAUUCGCCCAAUCUACGCCAAAGCGAUCCGCGCGAUCGAUAAUACUCGCGAACAGCAACUAGAGCGGAGUUUGAAUGCGUUGCGCCGAAGCGAAACGGAUCUGCAGGUGAAGGUGCGGCUACUGGAGGCCGAGGUGGAACAGUUACGGCAACUCGGCAAACAGCAGCGUGAAAUGUUGCUACAGUUCCGGGGAACGGAUCCACCGAUGGAGAAACCAUGGCCACAUGGCAUGCAGCGCACGAACCCGAACUACAUGCUCUUCCUGGAGAAGAACAUCGAGAUAAGCCGAGAACCGGGCUGCCGUGCCAUGGCAUACGCCGGCAAGCAUCAGCUACUGUUGAUCUCACAAAAGUCCGGCCAGGGUCUGUUCCCGGGCUUUGCGGUACGGUUUCUGUCGUUGGUCGAUCAAGCUGGAUCGAAGAUCGGAUCGACGAUGUGGGUUUCACCGAGAUCGAUCCGUGACAUUGCGGUCGAUUCGUCCGAUGAUCUGUUCGCCUGUGCUACCAUGGAACCGACGGUGAAAAUCUUCUCGGUGCUUCUACGCAGCGGACAGGCCAGCAUAACACCGGCCACCGAUGCGUGCAUCUGGUCCUGUGCAUUCGAUAAAGAUCGUCCCGGUAUCCUGUAUCUUGGGGGGCACCGUGGUACGGUGUACGUGUACAAUAUACGCCAACCGACCGAGUGCCUGCAGGAGCUAAAAGCGGGUUCAACGCAGAACGAUCUUACGGCUGUGAUCAAAAUCUGUUCCCUCGAGACGACUCCCAUCCUGCCGCACGGUGGCAUACUCGUGUGCAAGCUCAAGUCGCUCUGGCUGUACGCGCACUCGGCCGAUCAGCACCUCGAGCCGUACCUGAUCAACGUCGAGGGUCCAUUCACUUCGAUGAGCUACAGUGCGACCAACGGGAUCGUAAUGCUCACGAUACGCUCGACCGCCGAUCGACCGUCGGUGAUCCUGCUGGCCAAACUGGAGAAGACCGGCGAACGCUACUCGCUCAACAUUCUGCAUCGCUACGAAGGCUCACGGGUGCAGACGGCCAUGCUGCGCAACGCACAGAUACCAGUCAGUGCCACGGAUUCGCUCGUGGCUUCCUAUCUCGAAGACAUCCGCAAGCUAGCCAUCUGGGGUACCCACAGUGGAUCGCGUCGGCUGCAGCAGCUCCCGCUGGCCGAAACCAUCGUGGACAUUUGUCCCAUUAUCGGUGAGCCGGGUAAUCUCUCGCUGGCCGCCCUCAGUGACACCCGCUGCCGGAUUUACCGUAUUACCUACACGUAACAUUCACAUUGGAUGAUGAUGGAAAAGAAUGGCACCAUUCCGUGACGACGUUCCGUUGUCGUUUCCGGCAGGGCUAGAUGAUUAAGUUUUUAUUCGUCGAAAAAAAAAAUAAACUCUUUA